UUAAGGCAUAGGGUUUCAUUCAUAAAUACUUUUAGCAUUUAAAUCAAAAUUAAGCUGUUUGGAGCCGGCUGGCACCAUUGGUUUCUGACUAGAUCGCCCUGGAUGGACCAAAUGAAUUACCACAAGUGAGACGGUCACGCUUGCCUGGACCAUGAGCAAUGAGGCACCAGUUCUGAAAAACCUCACCAAAAACGCUACAGAUGUCCCGCGGGGCCCAGGGGGGUCCGUGGGGGACGCCUACGUCACGCUGCUGGUGCUGCUCUGCGUCUUCGUGGCGGCCAUGUUGGUCCUGCUGUCCAUCCUGCUCGUCUUCUGCCACCGCUGUUACCGCGGCGGCCGCCGCUACUCCAGGGCCAGCAACGACCCGGAGAAGAGCAACACCACCUACCUGGAGGAGUGCCCACCUGUGCCAGAGAUCAGGAUCCAGGGGGAGGAGCCGGCCCGGUCGCCGGGCAGCGAGCAGGAUGUGGAGACCGAGCGCUUCCUGUCCACCGGGUCCACCGCCCGCCGCGUCUCCUUCAACGAGUCGGCGCUCCUGGACCACGGCAAGAGGGCCCAGGAGAGGGGUCGGAGGUACACCCUCACGGAGGGGGACUUCCACCACCUGAAGAACGCCCGGCUGACGCACCUCCACCUGCCCCCGCCCGCCGUGCAGAUCCUCACCAUCGAGGAGUACAACGCGGCCACAGACCACGCCCCCAAACACCGCCUGUCCAUCUUCCAGCCCUCCCUGUGCCCCUCGCUCCCCCGGACCGCUCUGGCGGGGCUCAGUCCAAAUUCUGCUCUCCCAGGCGACGCCCUCAACCCCGUACUGGACCCCGCCCACGCUCCUGGCCCCGCCCGAUCCUGCACCAUCGAGGUGAUGGGGCGCAGGACGUGGAGCGGGGCCAGUGCGGGGCCCGGAGGCGGUGACGGGCUGGCGGAGACGGGGCCCGGCAGCGUGAUGCACUUCCUGGCCAAACUGCGGCGGCACUCCAGCCUGGAGGGGCCCAGCCCCCGCUGCGCCCUCAAACAGUGGAAGAUCGACAGCAGCCAGCGCGCCACCAGCCUGGACACCAGAGGGUCCCCUAAGAGGCAUCAGUUCCAGAGACAGAGGGCAGCCAGUGAGAGCGCCCCGCAGCAGGAAGGGGAGGAGCCUGAGGAGAUGGAGCUGUCCGUCACACUCCCUCAGGACGAGGCACACCCCCCAAGACUGCUGACCCCGCCCCCCUCCAGCAGGUACCCCGAGCGGGGGGCGGGGCCGGGGCUGGGCGCGGCGUUUCGGCAGGACAGCGCGGAGCACCAGGCGCUGUACCGGGACAUCUGGACGCUCCGGGCCUCGCUGGAGCAGUACGCCUCGUCCGACCAGAGCAGCAACAACGACCGCGAGUCGGUGCGCAGCGACGCGGACAGCGUGUGCUCGCUGGGCGGGGCCUGGCGGGCCGGGCUGUCCAGCUGCCCCUCCCAGGACAUCGGGGACGAGGAGGAGGAGGAGGAGGAGGAGGAAGGGGGGGCGGACCCGGACAGAGGCGGGGGAGGCGACGGGGAUUCGGGGAACAGGAAGCUGCUGCAGAUGGACAGCGGCUACGCCUCCAUCGAGGCUCCGCCCCGCGGGGGAGGAGCCGGGGGCGGGGCCGGGGCCGGGGGCGGGGCCCGCGGAAAGACCGCCUCCGAGAAGCGGCACUUCUUCACCAGCGCCGGGCGAAAGGGCAGCGUGUGCGAGAGCCAGGAGGCGCGGCUGUUCCAGGAGGCGCGGCUGUUCCAGGAGGAGCUGGAGGACCUGGCGGCCGUGGCCAGAGAGGAGGAGGAGGAGGAAGGCCGGAGCGCAGCCGGCUGGCCCCCGUACGGGCAGGCCUUCCCCGCCAUUCCCGCCAAAGAGGCCAAGCCCCGCCCCCAGGCCCUGCGGAGGCGGGACUACAGCAUCGACGAGAAGACGGACGCCCUGUUCAGCGAGUUCCUGCGCCACGACCCGCGCUUCGACCAGCAGGAGGCGCCCCGGCCCCGGCCCCGCCCCCCGUCCCGCGUGCACCUGCGCGCCCAGUGGCAGCGCGCCAAGCAGCACAGCGACCCGGGCGUGGGCGGGGCCUACGCCCUCCCGCACCGCGGCCCGCCCAUGCGCCGCGGCGACAGCGCCAACUUCCCGCUGGACACCCGUUACCAUGGCACCCUGCCGCGCAUCGUCAGCGCCGCCGACGAGGAGGCCGAGGGGCCGGGGGCGGGGGUCAGGGCGGGGGGCGGGGAGGGCGGGGCCAGGGCGGAGUCUGGGGAGGGCGGGGCCAGGGCGGAGUCUGGGGAGGGCGGGGCCAGGGCGGAGUCUGGGGAGGGCAGGGUUGAUGCUGAUGUGAUCGGGCUGGACUCCAGGAAAGACCGGCCGAGGGCGCAGACUAUUGGGGGCGGGGCCAGCGCGGCAGCCACGCCCCCCAUGGAGGCGCAGAAGGCGGAGCAGGAGGAGGAGAGGAGACUCAGCCCCAGCGCCAGCAGCAGCAGCAGCAGUGGGACCGUCAAAGAGGGGGACUCCACCUCCUCCCCCCCGCCCUCCGAGCCCCCGCCGGCCCCCCCCGCCACCGGCUACGGCCCCCAAACCGUCGCCGAGGGGCUGGCGGACAAGCUGGCCCGGGGCCUGGAGGACCGGCUCUACACCGGCCUGGUCCAGCCUGCAGGGGGCGCCGAACGCAUGGUCAAAUUCACCCACGUCUCCCCCGACCACAGCCCCGUGUGA